UUGAUAAAAGGGAGGCGCCACUGGCCCGGCGGCCCGGCUGUCUGGGCGGGCGGAAGGAAGGAAGGAAAGGGAAGAGAAGAGAAGAGGGAAAGGAAGAGGAAGAGGAAGGCAGGCCGGCCGGCACGUGCACAUACACUUACACACCGUAAGUCCCUGUCCUCGCGGACCGGACCGGCCCGGCCGUUGGAGCAAGCGGGAGGAGGAGGCGCCGGCGCGCGCGCACACACCACACCAUUUAACCUUUUGAAAAUGCACGGUGGAGUUGUCUAUGCAGCCAUUGAAUGAAGUAACUCCAAUGUGACCUACCAAAUACAUAAAUAUAUAUUUUGCUGUUCGUUUGAUGUGAUACUGGGGACCUGAAUGAAUUGAUACUCAUUUGAAUUUUCAACAAUCUAAAAGUUAGUGAAAGCAAUGUCACAGCAAAGAGGGGCAGCAGCUCCCAACUUGGAUGUAAAACCCAAGGUCGGCCAAGGGAAAAGUGUUGAUCGUAGGGACGGUUAUGCUUGGAGUGGCAAGAAACGUUCACGCUCUUCGAAAGUAGAAACAACUUCAGAUGGUGAGGUUGGGGAUGCUGCUGGCAUACUAUCGGUCGCUCCAAGACGGGAGGAAAAAUGGAGCCCCCCUGGACCUGAGCUGGAUCUUGAAGAUUCAUGUUCUCGCAAACUUUCCAGCCGAUCAUUGAAGCAAAAGAUACAAGAUGCUGUAGCUCAAUGUUUCCCUCUUAAAGUGCAUAAUCAUAAAAACUCUGUAGCUCUGAUUUCAAAACGUAAAAUUCACAUUCGUGAUCUCGUGGAUAGUUGUCCAUUUUCAGUUGGAAUAGAGUUGGCUGAAAAAUGGGACUUGAUUAAUUGGCACACAAUUCCAUUAACUCAGAACUGUGGAGUUUGCAAUGGUUCAACCGUUCAAAUGCGAUUUGGUGAAGAUGAGCUGGAAGAAGGAUGCAGAAUGAGUAUUGAACUGGAGGCAAAUCCAUCAGAUACACAGAUUCACAACCUUGAAGUGAUUUCUCAGAUUCAUGCUUUUCACAGAGAAAACUCUGAGGUGGAGUCUGGAAUUAAUGAGUUGCCAGGUGAUAAUGGUAUUGCAUUUCCUUCAAAUGAUUCAGACUCUGAUGAGGAGCUGAUAGCUCUUUUCACAGAUUCUGAAAAUCAGACACAUAUCAAUUUGGAUUUUAAUAAUGGAUGCAAUUGGCUAACGCCCUUUCACAAAUGCCAGACUCAGUUUGGCUUCAUCUAUCGCUUAGUCCCUGAUCUAUUUCGGAUCAGUAAUAAUCCAUGUUACUGGGGAGUAAUGGAUAGAUAUGGAGCUGAGGCUCUGUUAGAAGGUAAACCAGAAGGUACAUAUUUACUCAGGGACUCUGCACAAGACGAUUACCUCUUCUCCGUCAGUUUCAGGCGUUACAGCCGCUCUCUUCAUGCUAGAAUUGAACAGUGGAAUCAUAACUUUAGCUUUGAUGCCCACGAUCCCUGUGUUUUUCAUGCAUCAAGUGUAACAGGCCUCUUAGAACAUUACAGCGACCCAAACUCUUGUAUGUUCUUUGAGCCUCUGUUGUCACUCCCACUAAAUAGGAGUUUUCCAUUUUCACUUCAGCAUCUUUGCAGAGCGGUUAUUUGCAGCCAUACAACCUAUGAUGGCAUUGGUGCCCUUCCUGUACCACCAUCGCUGAAAGCUUACCUGAAGGAAUAUCACUAUAAACAAAAAAUAAAAGUUCUUAAGAUCAGUGCACAACAAUGGCAUAGUGGAUUGAAAGGAAACCAAUAAAGGUUGCAGGAAAGAUUAAGGACCACCAGGAACAUCUGCACCAUUUAAAAAAAGACCUUGAAUCUUCGUCUUAAAUAGGAAAUUCCAGUACUUUAUUUUGUCACAGUUUGUUUAAAGACUGUUAGCUUUCAAUCUUUAUUUGUGUACUUGUUAUUUUUUCCUUCUCAACAGUGCAAUUAAACAUAAUGUAUCUUGUCUGAUGGGACAAAUCAUUUGCGCUUAUCUUUGAGACACCAUGACAGUUUGGUGCUUUUGCCAACAAAACAUUUUUGUGUCAUUGGAAUGCAGUUUUCAGACUGAAAGUGUUUACAUUCACAGUGAAAUGUACUUUUAGAAAGUCAUGAAAACAUUUAGCAUGCGUAUCAAUUUUAUUUGCACUGUUUUUAUACACUUUAAAGAUGUUCUUUAAUCUAAUUUUCUAAGUUAUCUGAAGCUUUAAGUAUGUAACAUUAAUUAUUGCAAUGUACUUUUUAAAUUAAUUUUGAGUAAAAUCUCUUAACAUAAA